AUGUCGAACGCCUCGAAUUCGAGAUCCCCAUCUCUACUGGCAAUCCUCCUCGUUACCCAAGGUCGAACCGGCUCGGGCGCUCAGAUUAUCUUCCACUAUCCUCCAGAUCCGCUUGUCGCUGCCUGCGCUGCCAGCGUCUCGCAGGAUGCCAACGAUGACGAGGCUGAAAGCUCCAGCAGCGAUUCAGAGUCUUCCUCCGAGGAAGAAGAUUUCGAGCUGUUCACGAAGCGGAUAAAUAGUGAUCUCACCGCCAGUCAAGAAGUCCGUUCGCAGAAUUCUGAUGAGGAGGAGGACCAUUACAGUGCGAAAAGAUCCGUCAAGGGCAAAGGAGAAUGGAAGCCUCCAUGGGAGCCGCUGCUGGGUCUUGGAGAAGAUGGGCUGGUGAGUUUGCUAGCUCCUGGCCGUGCCUGGCACAAACGCAGGUUUGAACUUGGCAUCAACGAGAUGGUCUUCUUGGGGCGACCUGUUUAUGCUCGUGAGGAUGGCUUUUGGCGGCGUCCCAAACCCAGGAAGCCCAAGCUUCCUGAGGAUGGUGAAGACCAACCGACUUCCGAAACCGCUGUAAGCGACAGUGCGGACGAAAAUACUACUGAUGACCUCCAAGAAGCUCUUGUGCAGCAGAAAUCCAUGAAAGAUCGUAGCCGAGAGCCCUCCAAGAGCCAGCUGACCAUGUUCCAUCUCGUUUUCGUCAUGGAUCCUCCACCCUUGGAGCACACCCUCCGUGUCAAAGAGAUGUAUGAUCACGUUGUGCGCAAGUUUUCCAAAGUACUCAAGUACGAGCAGUCCCACUAUGACUAUGUAUGGAAACAAUCAGAACUUUUACAAUCAAUCAAAUCUGCCCAUAUCCAUCAGAAAUCCCCAGUUGCUACUCUUUACACAGAAAUGGCCAGGCGUUCUUCUUUGGCCACUGCAAUAGCCAGGAUUUUCGAUAAUAUAUCUGCCUCCCGAAUAGCUGCAGUGAGCCUCGGUCCAAACACUUCUGUCUCUCUACAAGUCCCUCCUGUAACGUCGACUUCCUACCUCCCAUCCUUGUCUGAACCACCGCUUGAACCAGGCCUAUGGCUCACAACUGCCACUGAUCCGAUCUCCACUGCCUCCGAUAUGGAUUCAGCUGCCGUCACAGGGGCUUUGCAACUGUCCAAGAACUUCUCCCUUCUUCUGAAGUCCAAUCCGCAGAAGAUUCUCAAAGACAUCCAAGCAGCUGGAGGGCCAUUGGCCAACCCCCUGGCUAGCUUCGUUGCCCAAAGUAAACCUACUAAAUCCUUCUACAAAAUGUCAAUCGCGUCUCAAACCCCAUUGACUGAUAUUCAACACCUCGCUCGACAUCUUGUCUAUUGGCGAAGAGCCGUUGCAAUUCCACCUCUCCAUCAGCGAGAUACCUAUAUUGUCUCCCCAAAUGCCGACAUGAGCAAACUAGCGUCGGCUUGCAAGACGUACGAGACCACAUUCCCAAUGAUGCCCUCAUUACCCAAAAUGCUGAACUCGCUGAGUGGAACCCCAAUCCCUUACGGCAGCCUCAUCCCCAGCAGUGAUCACAAAGAAGAAUACUAUCGAGUCCUAGCAUGGCUGAUGCGCGACGGCUGGGUCACUCAACUUCGAACCUUCGCGUACGUCCGCGUUGACCCCGAAGUGAAAAAGACCGUGCGGGAAAGAGACCGCGAAGAAUCACGGGGCGUCAAGACCCCAAUCGAGAAGAAAUCUCCUUAUCUGAGCGAGAAUGAGAGAGAGCUAUUCAGGAGCCUCAGCAGCAGCGCAGCACACCCCUACACCCCAGGUAUCCAUCCCGCCAAUCCAGCGUCCUCGCCAUUCAAGCGUCCCAGCGUGAUCAGCCGCCCAUCAAGCGACGGCCGGCAAUCCAUAUCGACGGACCACACCAGCAUCCGCGGGCGCCAGCUCACCCACAACCCCAAAGCCGCGAGCCUGAUCCUCUCCCCGCCCCGCGCCUCACCCGAGGAAUCCCGCUGGCUGGCCUGCAUCGCCUCGAGAUUCGCAGCCUCGUCGACCGAGAGUUCGCGCACCGACCUGUCCUCGACGCCGUCUUCAGAAGUCGAGUCGGCAGAGAUCCGCCGCCAUUGGCCGCAGUUCGUCAAGUAUUUCAAUGGCACAGAGGCCCUCCAGCGCAUCGCCGUGCGUGAGGGCCUGAAAAGGAAAUUCGUCUGGAACAUGCUCACCAAGAUGGGCUUGAAUUAUGAUGAGGCCGUCGAGGAUGAGAAAGGUGAGAAUCAUAAGACUUUGGUCACCAUUAGGCAUUGGUAG